AGGAUCCAGUCAGCUUGGCCGUUGUCGUAUCCUCGUUACGUCACACGUGACGCGGCCACGACAUGGCCAUGGGAAUUUAGAGAGCCACAAAACAUGCGCUCCCUACAGCUUGAGAAACCACAAUUGCAAUUGCUAUUGCCAUUGCCAUUGCCAUUUUCAAGAAUCCUGUUCCGAGACCUCAGCAAUGCGUCAACCCGUGGUGGUGGUGGUGACUACGGUGCUCCUACGCUGCGCUGCCGCCAGUCUAUCCGUACUUGUCGAGCAGAAACCCAUCGGCACGGGUCGAACAACGACCCUGUCCACCACGCAUGAACCAUGCGACUAUGGUUGCGACCAAGUGUCAGUCGCCGAUGACGCCCUGGAGACUUGCAUCGAGCACCUAAUGGAGAAAUGGCACGUCCCGGGACUGGCCAUCGCCAUUGUCGACGGCAACAAGACCUGGGCCAAGGGGUUCGGUGAGGCCAAAAUUGGGUCGGAGCCGGUGACUCCCAGCACGCUGUUCUAUGCUGGGAGCACUACUAAGUCGUUCACGGCCGCGGCCGUGUCUCUGCUGGUAGACGAGUCCGAGAACUACUCGUCCAUAGCCUGGGAUAGUCCCCUGGUCGAGUUUCUCCGUGACGACUGGCUUCUCGGCUCCGAAUGGGCCACCAACCACGUAACGAUCGAGGACGCCUUGAGCCAUCGGACUGGCUAUCCGCGACACGACUUUUCCAGAGUACCGCCCAGCUCGAGUGAGAUGGUGCGCAACUUCCGCAACCUGCCCAUGUCGGCCGAGCCUCGCGUCAAGUUUCAGUACAACAACCUGAUGUUCGGCACCGUUGGCUACCUGGUCGCCAAGCUGACCGGCUCCUGGCUGGGAGAAUUCUUCCGGGAGCGGCUGUGGGAACCCAUGGGCAUGAAGUCCACCUAUCUGUCCCUCCGGGAUGCCGAAUCAAGCGGCCAAGUCCUGGCCGACGAGCACCGCUACAACAACGACACCGACGCCUACGAUUUCAUCCCACACUCCCAGUUCGCGUGGAGCGAGGGCGCUGGCAUGACCAUCUCCAAUGUCAUCGACUACUCCCGCUACCUUCGCGUCAUGAUGGCCGAGUCGGCGCCGCUUUCCAAGGCCGGCCACCGCGCCCUGAAGACCGCCCGCGCCGUUGUGGGCACUAAGGAGCUGAUGCCCUUCACAGGCCCCGUCUGGUACUGCCUGGGUUGGUUCGGCGGCGUGUUCGCCGGAGAGGAAGUGUGGUUCCACUCGGGACAGGUCAAUGGCCAUGUGACGAACAUGAUCAUGAUUCCCGCUCGCAAUUUCGCUGUCGUGAACAUGCAGAAUGCCGAGUCUUUUAUCGUGGAAGUGAUUCCCUUCAAGAUCCUGUACGACUUUUUGAAGGUCGGCCCGGACAAGCGAGUCGACAUGGAAAAGAGGCACACGGCAAAGCUGGAGCAACAGGACUACCUCCUGAAGACCAGCCGUGAGCGCCUCUAUCCCUCCCUGCCGAGCCCUCCGAUAAGACGCCCCGUAAGUAUCGAAAGCUACGUUGGGCUGUAUCACCACGCCGGGUACGGCACUUUCAACGUGACGCUAGACUGUGUCCCGCAGGAGCUCCCCAAGGACUCGCCAGCCUCUCCGACUACGACAGAUGACGGCUGUCGUCUAACCAUGAUGGUGCCGCAGCGACAGGGAGAAGAAGCGGGUAACAUCCGACUGGACUUGGAACACAUGACGGGAGACUACUGGGUAGGAUGGGCGUAUAUGACUCAUUUCCACAACUACCGUCACCCGAUGGCGUGCCAGAGGGUUGAGUUCCGCGUCAAUGCCUCUGGUGUCGUUGCCAGCGUUGGCGUCGAUGCCCGCAUGGAGGGAGAAGACGUUCCGUUGAUAUGGUCUGAGCGGGUGACGAGCUAACCCCGGGGCACUGUGUUCGCAGGACCAACCCGCUUAGCGUAGGAGAAUCCCUGGGUGUCUUGUUCAGCCUAACCACAUGUGUUCUGCCCAACCCCCUUAUCUACCAUG